ACUAUUUCCAACAUAUUUAUUGCCUUUCUUUCAUUUAUUUUUUUUUUAUUUGUUUCUUUUUGUUUUGAAUUGCAUGUGCUUUUAUUCUUCUCUUCCUUUUUCGAAAUGGAUGCAUUUGGAUUAUAAAUUAAAUUUCAGUGGGCUUUGAUUCUGAAGACUCAUCUGUUUCUGAGUUGUGCAGGAUAGGAACAUCAUAUGGGAGAUCUAUGUAUUAGUGGAGAUGUAACAAAUAUUCCUUCAACAUCACAUCAGGUUAGGCAUGAAUCAAGUAAAUAUUACAUUAUAGAAAGGCACACUCAUCACAGAAAGCAGGUCAAUUGUGAUGCUGUGAGUAACACAAGUCUUCUUGUUAAUUCUUUUGAAUUCUGCUCAUCAGUGGGUGGCAUUAUCACCAGUCUAGUGACAUUGACCACUUACUUACGUCAUCGAUUGAUUCGUUUUAUUGAGGAUCUUGUGCUCCAAGAUGAUGAAGGAUGCUCAGAGAGUUUGGCAAUCUGUUCCUCUGGACCAUAUUUAAGAUCUUCUAGCCACAGCAUUUGUAAAUUUGAUGGGGAAGGUUGCUCAUCAUCUCCUAAAUUUUAUAUUGCUGAUACAGGCCCUGGAAUCCGUGGAAGAACCUUGGACAUGAGGGAGGAAUUACUUGUAAAUACAAGUUAUGAAAUUACAAAAACCAGUUAUAGUCAUCAAUGUGUCUCCUUUAUUAUUCAAGGGUUGAUGCUUCCAUUGUUUGGUUUUCGACUUGCAUGGAGAUUGGCAUUGGCCUCCUUGAGAUGCUCAUUCUAUUAUGUCCGAUGCGCACAAGUUCAAGUUCGUAGCAUUACAUCUCGAGUGUGUAAAACUUUGCGUGGUUCAUCUGAUGAUAUUGGAUGGUUGCAACAUACACCUGGAAUGGCUCCUGUAGAGGAUGGUACCGCUAGAUUCCUAGAGCUGCUUGGAAAAAUAAGGAAUGGAGAGCACACACUUCCCAACUCAGUUGUUUAUCUGUUAAUACCAGGCCUUUUUAGUAAUCAUGGUCCUUUGUAUUUUGUGGGCACUAAGAGAUUCUUUUCUAAGAUGGGUCUAGCUUGUCACAUUGCAAAAAUUCACAGUGAGGCAUCAGUGGAGCACAAUGCAUGCGAACUGAAGCAGUACAUGGAGGAACUUUACUGGGGCUCAGGAAAGCGUGUGAUGCUGCUUGGGCACAGCAAGGGUGGGGUUGAUGCUGCAGCAGCAUUGUCAUUGUACUGGUCUGACUUAAAAGACAAAGUUGCUGGACUGGUACUGGUGCAAAGCCCAUUCGCUGGAUCCCCCAUAGCUUCUGACAUUCUUCGUGAAGGCCAGAUUGCUGACAAAGAAACCCGGAAGAUCAUGGAACUUUUGAUAUGCAAGCUCAUUAAGGGUGACAUUCGAGCAUUGGAAGAUCUCACUUAUGAUAAAAGGAGGGAAUUUAUCAUGGAGCACAAGCUCCCUGAGCAAAUCCCUCUUAUCUCGUUCCACUCCGAGGCAAGCAUUGCUCUGGGUGUCCUUGCUACAAUGACACAAAUAGCACAAACAGAACUUCCUUGGCUUCCCGUUCCAAGACUUGGGGUUGAGGAGCCGGAUGUUCUUCAAGCAGGAUGUCAGGUGCCAGUUGCGAUCCCCAUAUCUGCUGCCAUGGCUGCGUGCGCAUUGCACUUGCAGCUUAGGUAUGGAGAGAAGAGUGAUGGAUUAGUAACUUGCCGAGAUGCUGAAGUUCCAGGUUCAGUUGUAGUAAGACCAGACAGGAAGCUCGACCAUGCAUGGAUGGUUUACUCUUCAGGUAAGAAGGAUCCCGAUGCGCCUGAUUGCAGUGAAAUGUGUGAGGCUCUUUUGACUAUGCUUGUGGAGCUUGGCAAGAUUAAGGAAGUAUGCUAAUUGCAUGGUUAUUUGAGUUAUGAAAAACUUAAACGAACAAUGUUGGACUCUCUGCAACGAUCUUUCUUCCAAAUGAAGCUAAUUUUAUGAAGUUUUUAAGCCUCGACUCAAUAGUGUUUUCUGUAUUGGAAACCUCAGAAGCAAUUUCAAUAUUUUGGGUCUAACUUUAAUUGAGAAAUAUUGUAAAAUUAAUAGAAUUAAAAGAAGAAAUGAAUGUUCAAGAAUACUGUGUUGAAACAUUUUUCAUUCUUGAAGAGUCAUCUGAUUCUUGCUA